AUGCCUCCUCGCCGAGCGCAUACAAAAUCUCGCCAAGGCUGCGACCAGUGCAAAAGUCGUCGCGUUAAGUGUGAUGAAAAGGGGCCACCAUGCUCCAAUUGUAUCUCGCGGGAACUCUCAUGCACAUAUUUGAGAGCACCGUCUCGGUCUGAUUCACGAGCUAGCCAGACCCCGGCCCCAGCCCCGUUGGCUAUUGUAGAACCAACUCCCCUGCGGCUGGGUAUACCUAGCCUAACAUCUUCCGUUUCUCCAACCAUUUCAGGAGUGCGAGAUCUGGAACUUAUGCAUAAAUUUUCCACCGAAACUUUUAAAAGUCUUUGCUCUUCCCCCUCAGAGCAUGACGUCUGGCAAAUUGCCAUCCCUCGCCUGGCUCUUCGGUAUGAUUUUUUAAUGAAUGGCAUAUUGGCCCUUGGAGCUCUUCAUAUUGCUGCCACAAGUGAGCCACCGGAAUCGCUGAUGUACAUUGAUAUCGCCCUUCAAUAUCACAAUCUCACAUUUGCACCAUAUCGCGCAGCGGUUGAUAGUAUCAACCCAUUGAACUGCGAGGCUGCGCUGGCGCAGUCAAUCAUCACCACCGUUAUAGGCAUUGCUCUACCAAGGGUAAUUGCUGCCCGUGGAGAAAGUUCAAGCAUCACGGAGAAUAUUAUCGUCGUAUUUGAACUCUUGCAAGGUGUGAAAAAGAUCCACCGGAUUGGCGAAUCUUGGAUCAAAUUAGAGCUCUUUUCCCGUCGAAGAAACUUUCGGGAUGCCGGAUCACUUAGUCUAGAUACCGACACGCGCGCUGCCCUUGAGCGACUCGGCUCUUUGAAUGACGAGGUCCUCGCCAGUAUCGACCCCGAGCAGCAUCGGGUCAACAACAAUGCCAUUGUCUACCUGCGGCACUUCUCAACCAGAGUUGCCAAUUCCAUUGACCCUGCUAACGUCCUGGCCUGGCUUGCCAUGAUCGACAAGGAAUUCGUGGACAAUUUGCGAUGCCGACAACCUUUAUCAUUGUUAAUCCUCAUGCACUGGGGUGUGUUGCUCGGGGAGCUUAAUGGUCAGCAUUGGUGGUCUCGAGAUUCAGGCCGGGCAUUGGUCUCUGAAUUAUUGGACGCACUGCAUCCCGGAGACAUGCAAUGGGCUAACGCUGUGGCUUGGCCCCGGAAAAAGAUGGGACUCUGA